CAUAUGCGAGCGACCGUUCCCUACGUGCGCCGAGUUUUCCGUGCGAUUUUUGCGCGUCGACGACGCACGACGAUGCCACCUGUACCGCGAUCGUUGCGCGACGAGCACCAACGGAUGUGAAAACCUGCUCGUCGAGCCUUAGUGCCGCGUAUGUGUGUGUCGCUCGCGUGUGCUUUGUGAUCGGUUCGACGGGUCGCGAUAAAUUCGCCGGUGCAUCGCAGCCGGGGGGGGAAAAAAAAAAACGUAACCAGCGUAUCGCGUCGAGAUAGAAUGCACACGUUCGGACACGUUCAACCGUGAAUCGUUUUUUUUGUCGAUCGAUCACCGCCGCGACGAGGAUGUAGUCGGCGCGCGAUAUGAAUCGACGAGAGACGAUCAACCACACGAUUUUUUUUCGUUCCCGUGAAUAGCGAGAAGAUUCGACCUGAUAACCUAAAAAAAAAAACCGAAGCGCUCAGCUCGGGCAGAAUUCGUCGGGAUGACGGUACUCGGUGGCUGAGGAUCCCCAGUGUUCAUCGAAUCGUCUCCCGUUAGGGUUAAAGAGACGAACGGGGAAGGAAAGAAUAGUACGAGUACGUGGAACAGAGAUGGAGUGACGAUCGAUUGCUAGAAAAAUGCGUUGCCCCGAUUGAACGAUCGUAGCGAUUUUAUCGAAAGAGUGGCAAAAAAGGGGACCGCCGAGGGGUCGUAGAAUCGGAGGAAGACGCGAAUGGUGACCGAGGAAAGGCAGGAGAGAGGGAAGAUGACGGGGAGCCGUAACAGGGAUAUAAAUCCGGAAGCGGCUGUACGCGGCGAUGGCGGGAAACACACGGUCCAUUGGUUCCGCAAAGGUCUCCGACUGCACGACAAUCCGUCGUUGAGGGAGAGCCUAGCUGGUGCCUCUACCUUCCGGUGCGUCUUUGUCUUGGACCCGUGGUUCGCCGGGAGCACCAACGUCGGCAUCAAUAAAUGGAGGUUCCUGCUGCAGUGUUUGGAGGAUCUGGACUGUUCCCUGAGGAAACUGAACUCCAGGCUGUUCGUGAUACGCGGACAACCGGCGGAGGCUCUGCCAAAACUGUUCAAAGAAUGGGGCACGACGAACCUGACCUUCGAGGAGGAUCCUGAGCCGUUCGGUCGCGUCCGGGACCAUAACAUCUCGACACUCUGUAAGGAGCUCGGUAUCUCGGUGGUCCAAAGGAUCUCGCACACUCUCUACAAGUUGGACGAGAUUAUAGAAAAGAACGGGGGGAAGCCCCCGUUGACGUACCAUCAAUUCCAAAAUGUCGUCGCCAGCAUGGACUCGCCGGAACCGCCUGUGUCGACCGUCACUUCCUCCUGCGUGGGAUCGGCCUACACCCCUCUGAAGGAGGACCACGACGACCAUUACGGCGUCCCGACGCUCGAGGAACUCGGCUUCGACACAGAGGGGCUUCGACCCCCCGUCUGGGUGGGGGGCGAGAGCGAAGCGUUGGCACGUCUGGGUCGACACCUCGAGAGGAAGGCCUGGGUGGCCAGUUUCGGUAGACCAAAAAUGACUCCGCAGUCCUUGUUGCCCAGUCAAACGGGUCUCUCGCCCUACUUACGGUUCGGAUGCUUGAGCACCAGACUCUUUUAUUACCAGCUCACCGAUCUCUACAAAAAGAUAAAGAAAGCAGUACCGCCGCUCUCGUUGCACGGGCAGCUUUUGUGGCGUGAAUUCUUUUACUGCGCCGCUACGAAGAAUCCCAACUUCGACCGGAUGCAGGGCAACCCGAUUUGCGUGCAGAUUCCAUGGGACAAGAACGUCGAGGCGCUGGCCAAGUGGGCGAACGGUCAAACGGGAUUCCCGUGGAUCGACGCGAUCAUGACUCAGCUGAGGGAGGAGGGUUGGAUCCAUCACUUGGCCAGACACGCUGUCGCGUGUUUCUUGACCAGAGGCGACCUCUGGAUCUCCUGGGAGGAAGGAAUGAAGGUGUUCGACGAACUUCUCCUGGACGCUGAUUGGUCGGUGAACGCUGGUAUGUGGAUGUGGUUGUCGUGCAGCUCCUUCUUCCAGCAGUUCUUCCAUUGUUACUGUCCGGUGAGAUUCGGCAGGAAGGCGGAUCCGAACGGUGAUUAUAUCAGACGGUACUUGCCGGUUCUGAAAAACUUCCCCACGAGGUUCAUCCACGAACCGUGGAACGCGCCGCUCAGCGUGCAACGGGCCGCCAAGUGUAUCAUCGGCCAGGACUACUCGUUACCGAUAGUGAAUCACAGCAGAAGCUCCAGGAUCAACAUCGAGAGGAUGAAGCAAGUCUAUCAGCAGCUGAACAAGUAUCGCGGUAACGGAGCAUCCCUCAAAGGGGAGACGGUCGGGUUGCUGAACGCGUUGCCGCCGCCGCCGGUGAAGGAAACCGAGGAGGAAACGAAGCAGAAGCAACCGUCACCGCCCCCGGAGACCCAACCGAAAAUGGAGGUCCUCGAUCAGACCACGCAGCACCAGCGCCAAUAACGACAGCUGCGGCGACGUCGUCGCGACCAUAACGCCGCCACGACCAGAACGAACGAACUCUCGAUUCGUUGUCUUUCUUUAAUUUAUAUUAUUUAUUAGCGUUCAUCGGCCAGAGAACGUUACCAGGCCACUUCGGAAGUCUUGAAUAUUCCGAAAAAUCUCGAAUCCAACGUUUACAUCGUAAACGAGGACAGCUAAUUUCGAUGUAUAUUUUCCGUUUUCGUGUGUGUUUCUAAACAUACUUUACUUCGUUACUUUGAUAGGAUCGUGGAAGGGUAUGUUGCUAUUUAUAUAUAUAAUUAUGUAUUCGUAUGUGUUCGAGACUAGUCUGUUUCCAAAAUGGCUACCGGUUACGUGGUUUUGUUUGGAUCCGUUUCGCCGGUCCAUGGAACCUAUUCGUUAAGAUAUGAAUGUUUGAGAAAGUAUUUUUGCACCGACACGAGUGUUGUAAUGUAUAUUUGCGAACCAGGGUCCCUCGAUCAUUUACCUUUUUCGAGACUCCCAACUAUAUCAACCCUUCGCGGACGUAGAUUUUCGGAACACGAAUGUCACGGAAGCCCAGAAACAAUUUGAAAAGUUAUUCAUCCGAUGCGUAUAUUUUAUUGUAAUUUUAAUAAACUGUU